GUCACUUGUGUUUUUUUAAUGUGUAAUGUUUUGUUUGUGUAAGCGAGCAGCUGGUGAAAGCGUGUGGGCGUCGUUCUACGUCCUGGUUAAGAGGCCAUCGCCUUGGAUGCAUGCAGGCAGGUUGUGAUUGCCAUCGACCCAUCGCAUCCCUUCGUUGUCGAUUUCGUGACAUCCUGCCGCUGUCGAUUUCCUUGCCGACCUAGAGCAGGGACGCUCAGACAGUGGCCGCACAGCGAUCACGACAAGGAUUUUCAACGUUAUCCGAAAUUCCUGUGAGCUUGGACGAAUCGAUCGCAUGGAGCGGCAAUGAAUCGUGAUAUUUAAGACGUGGCGUGGUUUCUGAGGGAUUUCGGUUCCUGCAAUGUGAGGAAGAGCGCCCCGAGUGACUGAGACCUGUGGAAUGCGGCAUCUCGAAACGACUCUGAAUUUUCUUUCGUCUCCGUAAUUGGUGUCGCUGUUAGGGAUUUACCGAUUUAGCUGAUCUUGUUGGGAGGUCACUUGCGUGCGUGCGUCGUGGACGAGGUGGUUGCGGGCAUGGAAUUGGUCAUGUUCGUUUGCUGAAAGACACUUUCAUGUUGCGGAAGCUAUGAGACUCCUGUCCUCGGAAAUUAAUUGCUGUCUCUGGUAGUAACUUCGAGUCUACUAUGGCGCGUUUGUUGCAAUUCUCGACCACCUGCGUCCCCUCCAGCGAUGGUGAUUGUCGUGCCAUUGGUAGGCUGAGAAGUGGCUCAUAUUGCCAUCAUUUGCAAUCUGGUGGUCCGAUUUCGUGCCAUUCAGCUAGAGCAUGUAGUUUCUACGGCUCGACUGCUAGUUCGCUGAGAUGGCAAUUGUGGACGAGAACUUCGGAACGUAGCUCGCCAUGGAACAGAAUUGCUACCGCGAUGAGCAGCAUGAAAGAGCUGCAACUGGGUGUAAUAACAGUGCAAGAAAAGGAAGAAGAUCGCCUUAAAGGCGAUGAGAACAGGUCUGGGACUCUACGAGUGGCUCUUGUAUGUGGCGGGCCUUCCGAAGAGCGUGGAAUUUCGCUGAAUUCAGCGCGUUCUGUACUAGAUCACCUGGAGGGAGGUGAUGUGUCGGUAAGCUGUUAUUAUAUGAACCAGAAGUUGGAGCCUUUUGGCAUUCCUUCAGCGCUGAUGUAUUCCAAUACACCAGAAGAUUUUGAUUUCAAGAUUGCCAGCACUGCGCGAAGCUUUAAAUCUCAAGCCGAGUUCCUUGAGCAUCUUCAAGCAACGUCCGAUAUUGUCUUCCCUGCUCUGCACGGUCGAUUCGGUGAAGAUGGAGGCAUUCAGGCCCUUCUUGAAAGUGCUGGCCUCCCAUAUAUAGGCACGGGUGCUGCAGCAGCUCAAGUGGCAUUUGAUAAAUAUGAUGCAGCUGCAGAGAUGGCAUGGCACGGGUUUGCUACUCUUCCUAUUUUUCUGGUUGAAAAUGGAAAGGUGGACAUCAACAGAUUAAGAGGUUGGUUUGAGGACAACAAUAUUAAUGCCAACUCCGGACGGGUUGUGGUCAAGCCAGCGCGGUCAGGCUCCAGUGUGGGAGUUAGUGUUGCCGAGGGCCUGGAUACUGCAGUACAACAUGCUGAAGCAUUGUUCAACAAGGGGGGUAAUGAUAGAGUGGUCAUUGAAAUGUUCGCAGAGGGCGCGCUAGAGUUCACUGCGCUUGUACUGGAUGUAGGAUUUGGAAACGAGACUCGUCCUGUGGCCCUUUUCCCUACCGAGGUGGAACUUUCCGGUUUAGAUUACGAGAGCGAUGGCGAAAAUGAAACUGCCAUCUUCAACUAUCGCCGGAAAUACCUGCCUACUCGCCAGGUCUCAUAUCAUACUCCUCCACGGUUUUCAGAAGAAACUAUCAACAAAAUCCGCAAUAGAGCAGCAGAUUUAUUUCGAAUUCUCAAUCUUCGUGAUAUUGCUCGGGUAGAUGGGUGGUUACUACCACAAGUUGGAGGGCAGUCGGAAACCAUCAUCUUUUCAGACAUUAAUCUGAUGAGUGGAAUGGAGCAAACCAGCAUUCUUUUCAUGCAAGCCUCACUGGUUGGGCUUGCACAUGUUGACAUCCUUCGGACGCUCCUUCGACGUGCAUGUACACGAUAUCCUACAAUCCCACUUCCUAUGUCGAUCGGAUCGUCAAUGUCUUUAUCAAACUCAUUUGCAAAAGUAGAUCCAUGUACAAGCAAGCAAAAGGUCUUCGUUCUUUUUGGGGGAGACUCAUCUGAACGACAAGUUUCCUUGAUAAGUGGGACGAACGUUUGGCUUAACUUACGGGCUUGGAAUGAUCUUGAUGUUUCACCAUUUCUGCUUGCUCCUGCAGAACCCAAUGGCAUUAAGCCUAAAAUGGGAACCGACAGAGUAGAAGACAAGACGGUCUGGGCUUUACCGUAUGCAGCAGUCUUGCGACACACUGUAGAGGAAGUCGUGGAAGGAUGUGUCGAAAAUUUGAAGUCGCAGGCAAUCGCAAAGGUGACCUCUUUGAGGGACCGGAUAUUGUCUGAUUUGCAGGGUUCAGCGAAAGCCAGUUUGCUGUCUAAUGAAGGCCAUAUGGAGCUCCCAAGCAUGAUCACGCUGGAAAAGUUUAUCGAGGAAGCCAAGCAAAACGAUGCUGUCGUUUUCAUAGCAGUCCAUGGUAGCAUUGGUGAGAACGGUACAUUGCAAGAACUUCUAGCGGCUUCAGGAGUACGUCAUACAGGAUCUGCCGCAGAGGCAUCAAGGCUCUGCAUGGACAAAGCGGCCACAGGCGCCGCUAUUUCCCAUCUUUCAUCUCAGGGUAUAUACACUGCUGCUAAAGCACUGCGAAAAGUCCACGAGAUUCUCCAGAAGGAAGAUCAAGUAUGGAUGGAACUGAAGGAAGAACUGAAGGCAAACGACCUCUGCGUUAAGCCAGUUGGUGAUGGGUGCUCAACUGGUGUUGCGAAACUGAGCUGUGCUGAAGAUUUGGCAGCAUACGCUAAGGCAGUCCAAACUGGCCAAUCUCAGAUUCCGCCUGGCACUUUUCUCAAGGCACAUGGAAUCAUAGAAAUGCCAGGUGUUCCACCUGAGCGGCUUCUGUUUGAGCCAUUCAUUGAGACGGACCAUAUAGCAGUGCUAUCCUCCACCACGGGAGAGGAUUCCAAAGACGGAGAGCUGAUUUGGGAAGGCAAGAGUCGCUGGAUAGAAGUCACUGUUGGAGUUCUGGGCGUGCAGGGUGUUAUGCACGCACUCAAUCCCAGUAUCACUGUCAAAGAGACAGGAAGUAUACUGACGCUUGAAGAAAAAUUUCAAGGUGGAACCGGGAUUAAUUUGACUCCGCCUCCUCCAUCACUGGCCACGGAGGAGGCCAUCGCAGGGUGUAAGAAACGUAUAGAGAUUGUAGCCAGGACUCUGGGCCUGGACGGUUUUGCACGUAUUGAUGCGUUCAUGCAUGCAGACACUGGAGAGGUUAUUAUCAUUGAAGCUAAUACGGUGCCUGGAAUGACUCCAUCAACAGUCCUUAUACAUCAAGCACUUGCAGAGACUCCAGCUAUGUACCCGAAGACCUUUUUCAGGAAAGUAGUCGAUCUGGCACUCCAAAAGUAGACAAGGUCCUUGACUUUUGUAGGACCUGAAAUUAAUUUUGCGGUACAAGUUUGACCGAAGAAUAGUUUCAUUGUUGACCACCCAGCAUCAGGUCCUUGCGAUGAAAGUGUGUAAUGUAUUGCAUAAUGUGUUUCUCUUGUAAAUUUAAUUUUAUCUGUCUACUAAAUUGAAUCUGUAGAGAUGCACACAUACAUUUCAAA